AUGUUACGCCGAACACUACUUUCUUGGUCGUCGACAGUACCUUCAUGUUUUUCGUAUUUUGGGGCGAGAGCAUUUUGUUUUGACAGUCGGAAGAAUCGCCUUUCAGUAUACAAAAGAGAAUGGGUGCGGCAAAUGGACACGAAAAAUAUUAGUAUUGAAAAGACAAUUGUUACGGUAGUAGAAGCAUCAGGGAAAGAAACGCAGUUGCUUAUGAAUGACCGUUUGUCCACUUAUUAUGACUGUUUAAAACAUAUUUCAACUCAUAUAGCUCGAGGGACAGCUUUAGUUGCUGUUGAAACAAAUUCACAUAUGGAGUACUGUUCGGUUCACUCCCCAAUUAAUGGGUGCGUCAAAAUUUACCCAUUAAGUCUUACUAGUCCCAAAGAGGCGGAGGAGGUGAACAAGGCAUACUGGCGCUCUUGUGCUUUCUUAUUAGGUGCAUUAAUAGAGAUUUCUUUUCGAUCGAGGACCCAUUUGGAUGCUGCUCUUCCUCCCCAUUGACUAGUAAAAUUUGGCAUUGAAAGUAAUGUCAGAUUCUUACCGCAAAAAGAGCUUGGCUUUUACUUGUACAAGGCCGAUCUUGACGUUUUGACGAGAACAGCCUUUGGUAAUUUUAUCGAUGGUGAACUACAGUUUCAACCGUUAACUGUCAGUCGCGAAGUAGCUGCAGAGAUGUUUAACGAUGAUCCGGUGAAAAAAGAAAUCAUCUUAGGUGAGGAAUCCGAAAGUUUAACAGUUUAUAAGUUAGGAGACCACACGGACGUUACGGAUGGGCCUCUGAUUCCUAAUACGGGUCAUAUUGGUCGUUUUGCUGUUACUAAGGUGAAAGAGAUUUCGGGAGUUUAUUAUUUCUAUGGUGUAUCAGUUCCGAAAGUUCAGUCUUGCACAUCAUACACUUGGGACCUCCUUAUAGCUGCUUCUCGGUUAGACGACGAGGUGGCUCCCCCUGAGGCGAUAAAGAAAUUAGUCGAAUUGUCCAAAGGGGUUAAAGAAGAGGCUUGCAGCUGA